UGUUGGGGCGCCAGUGUCUGCGCCUUCGGUGUGGUGGGGCUAUAGGUUAACUGUGGUAUGAAGAUGCCGUUUAUUACGUGUAGUGCCAGGAGUGUUGCACAGCGCUUAUUUUAACACAAUCGCAUGGUAGCCAACCAGAUUCUCUGGUCGCUUUACUAUGGAUUACCUUUGCCUGCCGAUUGUGUCCUUCCUAUCCGGGAUGUUUUUGCGCAUAGGCUAAUUUUGAUAUCUUGAUUACCCAUUUCGUGACAUCGUUUGGACUUAUGAUUUAAAUUAUGUUCUAUUGUGUAACAAUCUCUGCACUGAAAUGUCACGUUGUUAUUAUGUCAAGUCCUAGUCUAAUUUUCAGUUAGGAAAUUGAGCGGCAACACGUUUGGACUUCAAAGUAAGACCGAUUUGGUUAGACCCGUUCCGCAACAAUUUGUUGCAAAUAUUCAGAGCAAAGUGAUGUCCUUAUCACCUCGGCAAACCAUGGCAACCUAAUGAUUUUUGGGGUUUGAAUGUAAUUCAACCGAGUCCUCUUUUGGGAGAUAUUUCUCGUGUUAUUCAAUUAUGUUCACUUUCGCUGCCUUCUGUUAUAUGCUGUCGCUGGUCCUCUGUGCUUCCCUGAUCUUCUUUGCGAUAUGGCAUAUAACAGCUUUUGAUGAGCUGCAGGCAGACUUUAAGGUCCCCAUCGAUCAGGGCAAUCCACUCCAUGCGAGAGAGCGACUCCGGAACAUUGAGAGGAUCUGCUGCCUGCUGAGAAAGUUGGUGCUUCCAGAGUAUUCUAUCCAUGGGCUAUUCUGUAUCAUGUUUCUGUGCGCCCAGGAGUGGUUAACAGUCGGCCUGAACAUCCCUCUUUUCUUCUACAACACAUGGAGUAGGUACUUCCACAGCCCCACCGACACUAAGGAGCUCCUCUACGACCCGGCUUCGGUUAUGAACGGGGACACGCUUACGUUCUGCCAAAAAGAGGCAUGGUGCAAGAUGUCCUUCUUUGUUCUCUCCUUCUUCUACUAUCUCUACUGCGUGUACUGGACCUGACCUGCCAUUUCACACUCCGCUGGCUUUCCUCUAGUAGUGAGUCUUUUUUCAGUGAAUUCGUCACAUUGUGAUACUGACCCCCUCACAACCCUUCUGCACCCUGCACACGGCACCUGUGAAUCAUUCUCUCUCUCUUUUUCUCUCUCUCUCUCUCCUUUGUACCGCUCACUGUCUCUCUGUUUCUCCCUACUCAGCAGUGUGGUAGAAAUGAAAACAGCCUUGUCUGGAAAAUGGGCCUCCUCACAGAAACAACCUUUAACCCCUAAACUCUGACCUCUGUUACUCCCAAUGCCAUGAUCUACUUGUGUUUGUCACAGGGUAUGCUGUUCCUUUAAUGGAGUCCAGUACUGGGUUCAAUAUCCCUCCAAUAACCUUGAUGUGUUGUGUUUUCUGUUGUUUAACCACUGCUAUGGAUAUUUUGUAAUGUUACUGUAUUUGAAUGCUUCCCUUUUGUCUACUGCAUUCAUCCUCCAAGGCCAUAACCACUCUGACCCCUCUGUUUCUUUAUAUGUCUUUGGCAUGAUCCCUCGGUGCAUAAAGACACAUGUACACACACAGACAUACGCACACAUACACACACAGAUUGAUGGGAAAUCAAAGAUUCACUCCGGAAGCCUAACCCUCCCAAUUACAAUAGCAAGGUUUGCCUCAGCUCAUUAGCCAAACAAUCAUUUAAACCUAAUAGAACAAGAAAUGACUGUGAAGCUCUGACAAGGAGGCAGAGCUCCAUUCGUUGUAAACAUUUAUGACAUGCCCUCGGUGAGGUAUGCGCUACAUUCGCCUGUGGAAGCCAAGCUACAGGGCGAUUUAAAACAACCUUGAUGACAGUUAUAUAGACGACAAGCCGAUGGCAAGGACAGUUUUAGUAUCUCUGUCUUCUCUACCAUGAAGUGCAGUCUGAAAAUUAAAUGUGGUCCCAUUCACAUCUCAUACUGUAAAGUCACAUACUGAUAUAAUCUAAUUUUCCGGGCCAGGUUACUUAGCCCAGGUGAUUGAACCAAUUUUAAUUCACAUAACAGCUAAGUUAUAAUGGAGAUGUUUGUGCAGUAAAUGAGGCCUAGUUAUCAUGUGUUAGCCAUAUUAAGUAGAUGCAGUGGUGAGGAGCAGUAUAUUUUGGCUAAGGCAACCAAUUAAUAUAGCAACAGCUCUUGAGGGGUUAUUAAACCUGGGGCUGAUGGAGAGGUCAUCAUCUGCCUAAUCUGCCGUUGGUUCUCUCCAACACAGCCAUCUGUAUGACACAUCCAGGCCACCAUAUUUAUUAUGCCACUUAUUGUGCCUCCAUUACAACAUUAGGAAACAUUAAUGUAGACAGACGGGCGGGCUCAGGCUUCAUGGCAGCAGCAGGGAUUAGUGCCACACGGCAGAGGACGGCAGAUUCUUAAAUGGGCCAAGAGAAACAGUAAUCAAUGGUUCCUUGUGUUUUUUGUUAAACAGCCAUUACAAACUUUAACCAAAUUAGCCUGCGAUGUAAUGGGGAAUGAGUUAUUUAAUUGCCUAAUUACCUUAAAAUAACAUCAAAGCAAAUACAAUGGAUAUCAAAUACAAUGUUUUUUUGAAGUCAGAAAUGGCUGUUUUAAAGGGUAUUUUCACUCUUUCCGGGGGGUGAGAAAUUUUUCCAAAAUGUAAUUCAGAUGUCAUUUAAAUUGAGGAGAAGAGUUUUUUUAGAGCAUGCGAGCACACACAUUCCUUACAUAUUAUUAUUGUUGUUUUGUCAAGUUUAUAUUGAGAAUUCAGAAUCAUAGGGACACAUCUGAAGAGGAGAUGAAGUUGUGAAGAGUAGAGAUGAGAGCUGUUACCCCUGGACCACCGAACCCAUUCUUUAGACCAUUUUAUUUUACAUUACUAGUCACAUUUUCCUAUUGUGUUAUGUUCAAUCAAAUAUGCUGUAUCUAAAGCCCCUUUUUUCAUCAGCAGUCCUCCUCUUACUGAUUUUCAGAAUACAUGACCUUUUACGUUGAAAUUGUUCAAUGAUAUUUUUAAACACCCAGACGAACAGAUAAUGAAAUUACAGGUGGGCACAGGUGGCCAGUGACAGCAGCAGUUGUCAGGAAGAAUGUAGAUGAGCAACACAACCAUGUGGACUAUGCACAGGGACAACUAGGUGAAGCAUCUAGUCCUUAUGCGGGAUUCUACCAUAAGGGUCAGAUCAUACAGGAUACCAGAUAGGAUAAUGACACUAUUGCAGCAUGGAUACUGGGGACUGAGAUCCGGGACAGGGCCAACCAAGCGGGAAAUAGCUCCACCCACUUUGCCAAGCAUAGCCUUGGGACACAAACAGACCAUCAACCACCCUGAGACAAGGCUUAGUAUAGCCGGUAGAGUUCUGUCCCAACACACGAUCACAUUCGUACAGAAGGAGCUCAUUGAUGUUGGGUAUGGUGAAAACCCUGGAAUAACGUCAUUUAGCCUCUUAGGGUCAGCAUUGUGACCCCCCCAGGACAGACUACACUGAAUCAUAGGCCCUACUGGACAGAUGAGUCUUCAGCAAAAACAUGAAGGUUGAGACGGCAUCUCUAAGAUGGAUUUGCAGAUAAUUUCACAAUAAUGGAGCUCUGUAUGGGGGAGCCCCACCUCCAGCUGUUUGCUUAGUCAUUCUCAAAACAGUUAGGAUGCCUGCGUGUCUUAAGAAUAGCAUACAUAUAGGUGUCUGUGGCAGAAACAAUUCAGAGAAAUCCUAUUUAUUGACGAAUAACCAACAAGAUUCAUUGUCAGAUCCAACAGCAGAUCUUUGUUUCUGGUUCAAGUAUUUGCAUUAGCCUAGGACGAAGUCUGUCACUAUUCACCAGCUCAAGCGUGGGUCUUUUUAUGGGUGAAUCAGAAAGAGUUAUUUAAAAAUAAUUUAUUCUGUGAGGUGCAGAAAUCUGUUAUGUUGCCAGCUAUUAAGAGUGAGUCUGUUGUAGAGCUCAUGGCAAGUUGUGACUUGGCAAAAUGUGCCAACCAAUUUUCCUUGUUUUGAGACAUAAUGUAAAACAAAAAUGUUUGGAGACCAACUCCAAGCAUAUAGAUAGUGAAAAUAAGGCAAAAGUGUUGAACUAACAAACUACAUAAAACCAAACCAUGGAUAACAGUUUCUCUUGGUCCAUAGACUAUGUGCAGCAUGAGGAACCAUCAAGCAACUGGUUCUAAAAUCCUGAAAUUCUCCUCAAGAUUGGUAUAUCAACAGUAUCCAAAAAAUAUAACUUUACCAUUACCUCACAUUGAAUUACUGCUUACUGAAUUGCUUGUAUUUUUAAUUAGCAAAAUAGGUGCUAUGUAAAAAGGCUAUUUUAAUUGUAAUUAUAAAUAGAAAAUCAAGGGUUGAAUUCAAUCUAACUUGCAUUGCAUUAUUUACGUAGCAGAUCUUAUUCCCAAGGUCAGAUUAAUUCAAAGACUGGGCACUAUAUUAAAACAUGAAUCUUAACACCAGGGCAAAGCCCCUCACAGGUAUGCUUUUGCUUUUCAGAAUUCGAGGUAUCUGGGAAUGGGAUGAAUAAUCCAAAAUAAAGUCCCUGCCUAAACAAUGCUAUGACAGAUUUGACUGAAUUGCAGCCGAAGUCUUAUUGAAUUUGGCAGGCAUCCAGACAUGGGAUCUAAUGGCGAACCACGCUAACCACAGUUCUACUAAAUGAAGCGCAAAUAUUAUAAAUGUUCCUUAAACACUUCAAGGCAAUGAUUGGAUGCUUCUUUCGUGAAUAAUAAUAAUAUUUUUAAGGGAACUGGUUUAUGAUCUUAUUGCUCUUGCCACUGUUGGUAGUGAUUGUUGUUUGUUUCACUGUUUGAUCCAGUUUUAUAUUGCAUGGGUCAUCGAUUUGUAUUCUUGUGCACCCCUCCCCUCUUG